AUGAAGUAUGUUUCUAACCUUUCAUUUGUCUAAAGACUUGUUCCUUUGUAUAUAGGGUCACUUGCUAGGCUCUCAUUCGAAAUCAAAGAUCAAAUCUAGAAGUUGCGCAUGGAGUGGAUGUGGAACUAUGUUUUUGGGUCCAUUUUGUUCAGUUUGAUGCCACUUUUUUGGUACUUCAGGAGUUGCAGACGUUCCAAGCUACCUCCGGGGCCUAGAGGCUGGCCAGUUAUUGGCAAUAUAUUCGAUCUUGGAUCCUUACCGCAUAGAAGCCUAGCAAGUAUGAAACAAGAAUAUGGUCCUGUUGUGUGGUUGAGUCUUGGAUCUGUCAAGACCAUGGUGAUUCUUUCCGCUGGUGCAGCAGAAGAACUGUUUAAGAACCAUGAUCUCUCCUUUGUUGACCGUUUUAGUAACGAAGCAAUGAGGUCACAUGACUUGUACAAAUGCUCUAUUGCUUUAGGCGCAUACAGCCCCUACUGGCGCACCUUGAAGCGGAUAUGCACAGUGGAGCUCUUUAGUAAUAAGAGAAUUAACGAAGCAGUUCUGAUUAGGCAAAAAUGCGUAGAUGAGAUGCUGUCAUGGAUAGAAAAACAUAUAGAAAAAGGCCCAAGUGGAGAAAUUGAAGUGAUAGGCUUUGUGUUCCCAGCAAUCUUUAACUUGAUUGGAAAUCUUACGCUGUCUCGUUCACUGAUGCAUCCAUAUUCAGUGACAGCUUCUGAUUUUUACACAGCCUUUUCUGGAUUCUCAGAGUGUCUAGGUCGUCCUAAUAUCUCUGACUUGUUUCCAUGGCUUCAGUCUCUUGACCUGCAAGGAUUAAGGAGAAGAACCGAUCGUGAUCUGGGAAAAGCUAUAAACAUUGUUUCAGGAUAUGUACAUGAGCGUCUGAAUCAGCGACAAGGCAUGGAAGGCAAGUCAACAGAUCAAAAGGACUUCCUGGACGUAGUGCUAGAUUUUGAGGGCAGCGGAAAGGAUGAACCAGCUAAACUAUCACACCACCAAAUAACUGUUUUUCUACUGGAAAUGUUUGUAACGGGCACUGAAACGAUGAGCACUGCAACUGAGUGGGCAAUGUGCGAGGUACUACAAAAUCCUAACUCAAUGCAGAAGAUUAAAGAGGAGCUUGGCAGAGUGGUCGGAGUAAAGAAGAAACUGGAAGAUAGUGACAUUGAUAAUCUUCCUUACUUGAAAGCAACAAUAGCAGAAGCACUGCGCUUACAUGCUCCAGUCCCACUGACGCUUCCAAGGAAGGCUAACCAAGAUACCACCUUCAUGGGCUAUAGCAUUCCUAAAAACACACAAGUUUUUGUCAAUGCUUGGGCAAUUGGAAGAGACGAAGAAAUUUGGGAGGAUGCUCUGUCAUUUAAGCCCGAAAGAUUCUUGGAGUCCAGUAUUGGGUACAAGGGUCAGAACUAUGAGUUUAUACCAUUUGGGGCCGGUAGAAGGAUUUGCCCAGGUCUUCCACUAGUUGAUCGCGUUCUUCCCCUAAUCCUUGGCUCAUUGCUUCACCAUUUUGACUGGAAGCUUGGUGAAAAUAGCAGCGGUGAGAUGAGAACUGACAUGAGGGAAACAAUGGGCACAUCAGCAAGAAAACUAAUACCCUUUAAGGCAGUUCCAAAACGAGCUGUGAUAUGAUCAUAUAUUAGUUUAGUAAUGGAAAAUUAGUAUAUAUGCCUUGUGAUCUCCUUGUUUAAAAUAUAUGAACCACUUCUCUUGGAUUCAUAAGCUUCGUUUUCUU